CACGACUUCCCAACCACGGGCCUUGACUCUACACACCCUCAUUAGGCGCAUUGCCACACAAUCUAUCUAACCACACCCUACGAAUACCGCCAUCAUGCCGCCCAAGAAGCAGGACAAAAAUGCCAACGCGCCCAAGAAGGUCGCCGUCGACAAGACCUUCGGUAUGAAGAACAAGAAGGGUGGUGCCGCCCAACGUCAAAUCAAGCAGAUCAACGCCACUUCUUCACUCAACCCGGACGAAAAGAGAAAGGAAGCCGAGAAGAUUGCCCGCGAAAAGGAAAAGCUCGCCGCCGAAGCCGCAAAGAGAGAGGCCGCCGAACUCUUCAAGCCCGUUCAGAUCCAAAAGGUUCCCUUCGGUGUCGACCCCAAGACGGUGCUCUGUCAAUUCUUCAAAAAGGGUGCUUGUGACAAGGGCAGAAAGUGCAAGUUCAGUCACGACCUGUCUCAAGGCAUCAAGGGAGAGAAGAAGAGUCUGUACACCGACACGAGAGAGUUGGAGAAGGAGCAGCAAGAUGAGGAGAGAAAGAAGGACGACAUGGCAGACUGGGACGAGGAGAAGCUGCGCGAUGUCGUCAAGUCCAAGCACGGAAACCCAAAGACGACGACCGACAAGGUGUGCAAGUUCUUCAUCGAGGCUGUCGAGAACGGCAAGUACGGUUGGUUCUGGACCUGUCCCAACGGCGGCGACAAGUGCAUGUACAAACACAGUUUACCACCAGGCUUCGUCCUCAAGACAAAAGAACAGCGCGCUGCCGAGAAGGCUCUCAUGGACAAAUCUCCUCUCAACACUCUUACCCUCGAAGACUUCCUCGAUUCCGAACGUCACAAGCUUACCGGUACUCUCACACCUGUCAACGAGGAGACUUUCCAGAAAUGGAAGAAGGAACGUAUGGACAAGAAGGCCGCCGAACAAGAAGCCCAAAAGAUGAAGGAAGCCACCGGUCGUGCCCUGUUCGAAAAGGGCGACUGGAACGACGGCGACGACAGCGAUGCCGACGACGACGAUGGCUGGAACUUGGAGACCAUGAGAAAGGAGACCGAAGCCGCCAGACAACGCAAGGAAGAAAUCAGAUUGGGAAUCAACCUCGACGAAGCACAAGCAAUCACCACCGAUGCCUCCGAAGGUGUUGGCGAAAUGGUCGAAAUCGCAGUCGAGCCCAACGGCAAUGUCAAGGAUGAUGAGUAGAAAGAAACUUAAAAGGUGUUAUAGUCUUGGGCAUUAUAUUUUUUUUUGGCGGGCGCUGCAUUUGUUUCUAGGUAAACCGUACCUCUUCUUUUUCUGCGAAAAGGAAAGGGGAGCGGCUGGAUCAUUGCGGGCUUGGGAAGGGAGUUGGAUAUUCUCUCGUGUGUUGUUUUUCUAUCAUCUUUUUUUUUUACACCCCCCACCUUCGGGUAUUGCUGUUUUAGAGCGGUCCCGAUAUGACAUUUAUGCUUCGAUUUCUCAAAUCUUCGGUUUGUGCUUUCUUUCAAUCUUCUCUGCUACCCCUUUGAGAUCUAUCUAGAAAGAGUCAAAAGAGCUGCCACAACCGCGCGACUGACUUGACACCAUCGAUCAUCUCACAUUUACCGAAUAUGCUCUAUACCACAGAAACACGAGCUGGUAUGUCUACCGCUCCAGGAUGAAGGAACAAGGCACACAGAACAACAC